AUGAAGGGGAAGCUCAUCUCUGGUCUAGUCAUUUUCUUCAUUUUUUACCUUGCCAUCCAUCUCAAGGACUUUCACACAAUAUCCUUUGAGUUAGUCGAUACAAUAUCCUUUGUACCGUUACUCCCUAAUGUUCAUGUGCUCCUCAGUGUCAUCACCGUACCUAAUGCCUACGAGCGGCGUAGCAUAGUCCGCAAUGCCUACCUUCUCCAACACUCGAACAUCAACGAAGGUAAUUCCGUCGAUGUUCGAUUUGUAUUUUGCAAUUUGAGCACAGAGGAGGAGCGGGUGCUAGUGGCGAUGGAAAUUAUGGUGUUCAACGAUAUCAUCAUCCUCAAUUGCACCGAGAACAUGAACGAGGGAAAGAUGUACACCUAUUUCUCUAGCCUUCCCUCUAUGUUUGGCAAGGGUAAGUACGACUACGUGGUGAAGACCGACGAUGACACUUACUUUCGACUCGAUAACUUGAUCCAAACACUCAUCAAAGCACCCAAGGAAGAGGUGUACUUAGGACUUUUAGUCCCACAUGUGGAAACGGUCGAGUUCAUGUCGGGAAUGGGCUAUAUAUUAUCGUGGGACAUGGUGGAAUGGAUCUCGAGGUCAGAGAUGGUUCGGAACCACACGGCUGGACCCGAGGACGUCGUCACGGCCAAGUGGCUCGAGGCCGGUGGACGGGGAAAAAACAAGAUCGACGUGAAGCCGAGAAUGUACGACUUUCCGGAGGAGCCAUUUGAAUGGUUUCGCCACGACUUCAUUCCCGAUACCCUGGCGGUGCACAAGCUCAAGGACGCAACUCGCUGGGCCAAAACGCUGCGCUACUUCAACGUCACUAACGGCCUCGUUAAGCCUUCUAAAUACCCCCUAUAGAUAUUUAAUUACACCUUUAAUUUGAGCAUUCUAUUCUAUUGAGAAGAAUUCAAAUUAUCACCUUU